UAACUUGUUUUUAACGUGGCCGGCUUAUCACAACCGAUGAUGGAAGACCCUGCAAAAUACUAUGAAAAACUUUUUGAGCGUCUCAAUGCUCUAAGAAAACAAGAAACCUUCUGCGAUGUAACUGUCGCAGUGAAAGGCAAAGAGUUUAAAGCUCAUAAAGUUGUGCUAGGUGCAGCAAGCCCAUUUUUUCUUUCACUUUGGGAAAGCCACAUGCUAGAAAGCAACGAACAACUGAUCGAAAUCAAGCUUGAAGAGGCGACUGCGUCUGUCAUGGAAGAAGUGCUGCAGUAUAUCUACACUGGAAAUGUUUCAGUCACCGAAGAAAGCUGCAAUGAGUUGGUUGCAACGGCGGAUUACCUUCUUCUACCAGGAUUAAAAUCAUUAGCUUGCGAUUUCUUGAAAAAGAAACUGGCCAUUGAUAACUGUGUCUCUACGUAUUAUUUUGCCGACACGUAUCACUGUGCAGAGCUAAAAGAAAUGAGUUGUUGGCAAAUUAAUUUAAACUUUACUGCUGUGAUGAAAACGGGAGAUUUUCUGAACCUUGACAUGAAUCAAGUCAUGGAAUGGGUCUCUAGUGAUGACAUAAAAGUCAGUUAUGAGGAAGAAGUUUUCGAUGGAAUUGUCAAGUGGGUGUCUUACAACAAGAGUGAAAGAGAGAGCUGUUUCUUUGACUUGUUGCACCAAGUUCGCCUGAAUUGUGUAUCCCAAGACUUUCUUCAGGGUAAAUUGGUGAAGGAAGAACUUGUAACUACAAAUAAUGCCUGCUUAAACUUUGUAUUGAACUCCAUCGUUGCCGCACAUGAAAGUCAUUUCAAACCACCAAGAAAAUGCCUUAAGCAUUACGUCGAAGGGAUUUUUGUGUGUGGUGGUAAAAUGGCUUUGUGUUACUGUCCUGAUGACAAUAAGUGGUAUUGGAUAAGCAGCAUGGCAUAUGAACAUCAAAACCAUGCUGUCAUUCAGUACAAGGAUAAAGUUUACAUUUUUAGCAAACAAAAUGUACAUUCGAUUGAGUCACAUGUUGUAGAAUAUUAUGUGCCUUUAUCAAACUGCUGGGGUUCAAUUCAAACAGACUUUGACUACGAAGAACAAUUUUCAAGUGUAUCAUCAUUGAGUGGUUGUUCAUCCUUGUUUGCUUUAACCAACAGUACUGAAAUUCCUGAAAACACAAUAUUCACCUACAAUCCUGCUGAGAAUAGCUGGGAGAUAAAAGGAAGUACAUCUUCUAGAAAUCGAUGGGGAGCAUGUGCUGUGGCAGUGGGAAAUCACCUUUAUAUUAUAGGUGGUAGUAAUUGUAGUGAUACUGUACCAAGUGGAAUAACUAAAGUUGAACGAUUUGAUCCAAGAGAGGAGAAGCUGGAAGAGGUUGCGUCCUUGAAUGAGGGAAGACAUGAUGCUUUUGGAGCAGCCAUAGAUGACAAGAUCUAUGUGGCAGGUGGAAUUCAAAAAAAUGACCAGACUCUGACACUACUAAGCACAUGUGAGGUAUACAACCUAUCAAUAAAUGAAUGGCAUCUGAUGGCAGACCUCUGUGUACCUCGUCAUUCUGCAAGCAUGGUGUGCUUUAAAGGAGCUUUGUAUGUCCUUGGUGGCUUGAGAAAUACUCACAGUUAUAUCCAAACCCGAGAGUUGUCAGUUGAAGUAUUUAAUUCUGAAACAAAUCAGUGGAAGGAGAAGAGCACCAUACCUGUUUGCCUUGAAAGUGAUGAAGAGACAAAUAAACAAAUACAUUACAAGGCUUGUUUUGCAACUAUUCACCAUGAUGUCUUGUUGGAUCGCAUUUUCCUUUGACAGACAAUUAUUUAUUCUCUUCCUGAGUUGAUCUCUGGGCAUAUUAUUUUGCCGACUACAUAAGACUCGAAAGUUAGAACCACCAUGUACAGCACGAAGUAAAUUGUAAUUUGUUUACCCACUGAGCACUUAGAAGUUCAUAUGAACUUGUUUAAACAUGUCCAUGUGUUCCAGAUCGAAUUGGAAUUUGGACGUGUUGGUUUUUGAGGAGAGGGGAAAACUGGAGCACACAGAGAAAAACCUCUUGGAGCAAACUCAACUCACACGGCAUCAAUGCCAGGAUUCGAACCCUGGUCACAUUGGUGGGAGGCAACUGUUCUCACCAUGUUGCCACACUUGCUUUACGAGUAAAUAGCACCACCCAAGGGACUGCUUAGUAGCUUUCAUUUGAGUGGUCCAACACUAGACUAUACAUGAGAACUACAUUUUACUCAGUUAUCUGUAUUAAAACAUAUUGACUCUGGAGGGAAAGGUCACAGUCAAGUGAGGUCAAGAACACCC